UGGCUCUUAGCAAAUUAAAGCUCUCUACAAACAAACUUCCGGUCCCCUGCCCUUCUCCCUCUCUUUAACACCGAUCGAGCCUUUGCACAAAACAGAGAGCAUACCGCACCUUCACCUCCAGAUCAGAUCGGUCGAAAAUUUUCACCGUGCAGAAUUUGACCUUAAUUUUCACCAGUUGCAGCAUUUCCAAGAACCUUCGUGAGACAGACAGGGAGACCUUCCGGUGGCUUUCUCGCACAGACGCAUCGCCAACGCCCAUCACGUGCCGACAGAGGAAACUUGUGGAUCGCCUGAGCUGCUAUAAAUAAUCCGAUUCCUCCGGAGAGAAGCUGCGAUUUUGCAGCAGCUAGCAGAAGAGGAAGUAGGAAAUCGAAGCGAUGGGUCGGGCAUUGGAAGAGACGGAGGGUUUCUCGUCGCUCUCCGAGCUCCCGGUGGCCGCCGACGUGAAAUCGGAGGACCGCGGGGUCAGGCCCGGUGAGGAAGUUGAGUUGGAGGACUUUGAGUUCAGGGUGUCGGUUUCAGGGGGACUUCACUCGAGCUCGUCGGCGGCCGACGACAUGUGCGCCGCCGACGAAGUCUUCUUCCGGGGCCAGAUGCUUCCGCUCCGCCGCCCAUGGGGGGACCGCGGGGCGAGCGGGAGCUGGUCGAGUACUUCGGAUUCGAGGAGCACGAGCCGGAGCAGCAGCAGCGGAAGCCAUUCGUCGGGCAGCCGCCUCUCGAGCGGCUCCUCCGGCGAGCGACCGCGGGCGGCGCCGACGGUUUCCAACAACUUCUACGCCCGGCCGAGCCCGUCGCCACGGAUUCUCUCCGCCGGAAGGACAAGCGCGGGGUGGAGGAGGAGCGCGAGCGCUGCGCCGCCCGGGUGGGGAGCGGUCUUCCGGCUGGGCGUCGCCAAGGCGCCGGAGAUCGACAUCAGGUCGCGGGGGUCGGCGAACGGCCGGAAGAAGGUGGCGCCGCCGGGAGGCAGGUGGAGCUGCAAGUGCUUGCCGGACGCGGUGGAGCCGACCGCCGUAUCAAACUCGGCGGAUCGAAAGAAGAAGGAUGAAACUAGACGCCGAGAUCUACAAUAAAUUUGCUCAAGAACAAAUGAUUCUUUUGCAGUUGUUUUAUUAUCACUUGGAAAAUAAAAUUAUUGAUCCAGUUAAUUGUAUUUCAUUGAUUCAUCAACACAGUUGCUCAUCGAGAUUGAAAAUAACAAGAAAA